UUGGUUAUAGGGAGAGACUAACUCUUGGGCGUUGUUUUUACAGACUUGUGUAGGGCAUACUCCUCUGCAGGUAGCAACAAAUGCUUUGUCUAAAGGAAUAUCACCUUUUGCAGCGGGCAAAAAUUAUGUCUACAGCUAUUUUGGUGAUUAAAAUAGUAUCUCUUCACUGAGUCUUCAAACAACUAUUCUUGAAAAUCAACAUAAACUUUGUAUGCCUAUUUGUGUUAGGCAUUGUAUUUGUUUAUGCUCAUCAACGAACAGGACUUCUACAAGAACAAUCAAUCAUCAAUGCUGCAAAAUUUCCACUCCCUUCCGUAAAGUGUGACAAAGCCGUACAAGAUAAAAGAAUCACGGCUUUGGUCGUACAUGAAGAGCGAAUAAUUCCUUUUAAAAGACAAAGUCUGAAGUUAUGGCAUUUAAAAACUCAUCCGAUGUCUCAAAGUCGGGUUGGGACUGGAUGUCGACACCAUCAGUCAAUAUCAGCCGUCAUGCGAUAAACGACACAAUCAAGGGAACGAUCUCGACAUUGAAUGAAUCAAUGGCAUUGGAUCUCGACACCACCCCCACAUCGGCAAUGGAUCACAUCACCGCGGAGGAGAGUUUGCCAGCGGUGAUAGACAAGGCGAUAUCGAUGGUGUUCGGAAUGAACAACGACACGGCCCUGGUCAUAAUACCGAGUACCAACCCGAUGGCGGUGUCAAUGGAAGAGCUCUCCCGUGUUCGUAUAAUAACGGCCAUCAUGAUGACCGUCGCAUUUGCGAUGGUAAACUUGGCCAUGGGUGCGGCUAUCGGCAAGGUUGAAUUGAUGCGCCAAUGGCGAGUACCUGGCGCAGUGUUAGUUGGAUCCAUCAUACAGUUCUUGGUGUUCCCUCUGGUUGCCUUAGCGAUCGUCAGAAUGUUCAAGCUCCCGACACCUUACGUCACUGGUAUGUUGCUCGUCGCCAUCUGCCCUGGGGGAGCUAUGGCCAAUCUCGUCACGUUCUUCAUUGACGGUAGCAUCUCUGUUUGCACGAGCAUGGUGCUUAUCUCGACGGUGGUAUCAAUGGGGUACGUCCCCGUCAUGCUCCUAAUCAUCUCCGGUGGUAUCGCUUCAGCUUCUGUCGCGGUCUCCAUGUGGGCCGUCGUAGUAGCCAUCUUCAUCAUAGCCGUACCUCUUGGGCUCGGCGUCAUCAUCCGCUCGUACAAGGAGAGCUGGGCUCAUGUCAUCACUAUGAUUGGUAUCACCGUUGGUCUCUUGGUCUACAUAGCCAACUCCCUGGUCCAACUCUUCAUCCAUACGCAGAUCUUCCACGCCCCUUUCAGGGUGUACAUCGCCACCGCACUCGUCGUCAUCUGUGGGUUCAUCAUCGCUAUGUUCGUCGCAUACCUCUUUGGACAGCAUCCCACAUCCCGCCACACACUCGCCGUACAUACCGUCUUCCACAACACCUCACUGACAAUCGUCAUCCUCUGCACCGUAUUUUUCGAUGACCCCCAUUGGCGUCAACUCGUCGUCAUCCCGACGAUCUACGGGCCGAUCAGUAGCUUGUUCGGCAUCAUCUACAUCAUCGUAUACCUUACGGUAGGCAUCAACAGCGAGGAGGGCAACCAUCAUGAGGCUUACCAACCCAUCAACGAGGAACCAGGUAACGUCGAGUACAAGGCCCUCGAAGGCGACGAUGACGAUAUGAAGGUCAAAAUCAAGAUGGCUGGAUUCCGACUGAAAGUGAAAGGGUACGAGGAGAUGGACGGAACUGUUUCCCCGUUGCCUAUGACUGGGUAUUGAUUAUCUCCUGGGUCCAGGGUAUGUUGCCCCAUACGUUUUCAACAUCAUCUACGCCUAUUAAUAUUAAAGUAGUCACCCGAAGAAUCAAAGUGUUUUGAAUUGAUGCAAAAUUCAUAUCAUUGCGAAGGGAAGCCUUACUGAUCAAAUAUAACAACUCCCCUCUUCAAAAUAUGUUUGGGGCCCGCAGUAAUCAUUUCUCAAAAUUUUUAAUUUUGAGAUCCAGAUUUUCUGCCUUCAGGGGUCUUCCGUAGAGUGUCAAGAUUCGUGACGUCACAUGCGAGACACAUCUAGCCACAAAAUUGCAUUUUACGCCUCUCCAUGACAUCUAUAUCAUUUUCCAGCAAAUUAUUCGUGUUUUUCCAGAGAAAAUCUUUCCAUCCAUAUAUAAUUUUUCCAUAAUAUUAUCAGUUGUCCUGAAUUUUAUUCGGGUGACUACGGCAUUGGUUGCGUAUACCCGAUGAUUCUAUCAAGUUGCUAGCCAUAACAGAGCUUAGAUCAGACCAAAUAAAAAAGGAAAAUGACAGCUGCUAUAAUAUGUAAGCGUUUGAUUUAUUUUAAAAUUCGUUGCAAGGUAUGGGUCAGCAAACACGGCACAUAACCUUGGACUUGCCCACAACAUGGAAGUACAGCUAUAAACAUGAAAUUUCGUAGAUAUUAAAGAUAAAGUGAAAUGAAAUCCAAUUUAAA